AUGUCGCUCCUGGAAUAUUUCACUGGAAUUGACGAGAGAAUUAUACAAUACCUCCCGCAACCUGGCCUUCACAGCCUAACUCUUACGAACAAGUACUAUCGCAAGAUAGCGGAGCCACAUCUUUACAGGGAUAUUCAAGUACACAGUCCAAACACACUCUCUGUAGCACGUCUUCUGUUGACUCUAAUUAACCGCAGAGAGCUCGCUCAGCACAUCCGGAGCUUCGCCUUGGUUACCGCUGACGAGGGAAGAGCAAGAGACGCCACGAAUCUCAGUAACAAGGCUUCAGACAUUGAAGCGCGCCGCCAUUCGAUCGAGAUAAUGCACGAAAAACUCUUCAGGAAGUCGCCAAUCAUGAAAGAGGUGAUUGAAAAACUCGUAAAUUCAUUCCGCAACCUUCAGUUUGAGGUGAAGUGGUACUUCAGUGUUCUCGACGCCACCAGGUCUAUAGAUGGUUCGCUUGACCCCAUACUCUGUCUUGCAACCAAUCUCGAAAAGCUUCGGCUGAUGAGUGUGCAAUCUGAGAUUACGGAAGCUGUCUGCCGCGCACGCUGGGAAGAACGCACCAAAAGCGCAUCCUCACGAGUCUACCCUCUACACAAGUUGAGGAAUCUAGACGUAGUGCUUGGAAGGAAAGCUUCCAUCCCAACAAUAACACCUAUGGAGACCUUGAAGGUCAGCGGCGAAGGCGCCGGCCAUGACUUCCAAUGGCCGCGCAACGGAUAUGAAGCGGUAGGAACUUUGCGUAGUCUGGAACUUCGGCACAUUACUUUGCAGCCGGAUCAGCUUCAUCACAUGUUAGCACUACCGGAAAUGCAUGGUAUACAGCACCUGAAGAUGGGAAAUGUCUACUUACGGGAAGACCACACGUACGACUUCUGCCGAUUAAGCGAACUAUUGCAGCACUUUCUUCCAUCACUUAAGACUUUCGAAUGGACCGGAGAAGAAUCUCGACAAUGGUAUCCGAGACAUCACCCAUUUGGUAGCGUCACAGGUUUCAAACACUUGAAAGAACUCGUCCUCGGCUUCAAGUACAUACGACCAGCUAGUGGCAACAUCUACAAUCCACUGGCGCAUCUUGUUCACCCCGCGGAUUCCUUUCCGGAUAGUUUGAAGACUCUCAAAAGUACAGGAAUAUCGCGUUGGUUCCUACAUGAACUAGAGGAGGCCUCCGCAGUGUCUCCCUCGCACAAUAGUAUCCUUACGACUGGCACGUCUCUUGGUAUUUCGACCUUCGACCUGUUGCUUGACAUGAAGGUAUGAGCCCUCCAGAAUUACAGGGAAAGUAUCAAAUUGUUUCUUCUUGAAUUGGUGUCCGCUUUGAACGACGUUGGUACGUCAAUGCGAGUCUAUCGACAAGAAGAUGCUUGCGAAUCGACACUGUUGUGUGGUCUGGGCUCUGUGGCAGAGCACAUCAAUCGGGACUGUUAGUUGGAUAAUAUUGGAAACUGUGGAGGAUCACAAAGCUGCUCGAGGUGGCGCGGAAAAAGAUACCGAUAAAUUGACUAGCAAGACGUUAGAACGAAUUAGGGCUAACGUUAGGCAUACGAUAUAUGUAGAGUGGCACGCUGUGCAGUAGGCUUUUGGCGUUGAUUAUGGAGAUUAGUGUAUGCUACAAGUAGCUUAGAAGAAGCAUGGGCUUCCCAUUCACAGCAUCACGAGUCGCAGCAUGAAGUUCGUCAAA